AUGGGGGAGACGAGGGCGUCCGCGUUAGGAAUCCUUCAGCGCGGGGGUGACGUCCGGGUGGAACCGCUGCCUGUUGAAGUCGGCCGGAAGCCCCGCCAAGAAGGCUCUGCCAGUGGUACAGGUAAAAAGGUUGGUGUGGAUGACUACAGCUCAGAGUCUGAUGUGAUUAUUAUGCCUUCAGCCCUGGACUUUGUCUCUCAAGAUGAAAUGUUGACACCAUUGGGAAGAUUGGACAAGUAUGCUGCAAGUGAGAACGUGUUUAACAGACAAAUGGUGGCUCGGAGUUUGCUGGAUACGUUGAGGGAAGUCUGCGAUGAUGAAAGAGACUGCGUUGCUGUUCUGGAAAGAAUUAGCAGAUUAGCUGAUGAUUCAGAGCCCACGGUGCGUGCAGAGCUGAUGGAGCAGGUGCCUCACCUCGCCCUGUUCUGCCAGGAGAGCCGGCCUUCCAUCCCCUGCGCCUUCUCCAAGUACUUGCUGCCUGUCGUGGUGCGGUAUCUGGCAGAUCAGAACAACCAGGUGAGAAAAACGAGCCAGGCAGCUCUGCUGGCACUGCUGGAGCAGGAGCUGAUUGAGCGCUUUGAUGUGGAGACCAGAGUGUGCCCUGUCCUCAUCGAGCUGACUGCACCCGACAGCAAUGACGACGUGAAAACAGAGGCCGUGGCUAUAAUGUGCAAGAUGGCGCCAAUGGUUGGGAAGGACAUCACGGAACGCCUCAUCCUCCCUCGCUUCUGUGAGAUGUGUUGUGACUGCCGGAUGUUCCAUGUUCGGAAGGUCUGUGCAGCUAAUUUUGGGGAUAUUUGCAGUGUCGUUGGCCAGCAAGCCACUGAGGAAAUGUUGCUGCCCAGGUUUUUCCAGCUUUGUUCUGACAAUGUGUGGGGAGUCCGCAAGGCGUGUGCCGAGUGCUUCAUGGCAGUCUCGUGUGCAACAUGUCAAGAAGUCCGACGGACCAAGUUAUCAGCACUGUUUAUUAAUUUGAUCAGUGAUCCUUCACGCUGGGUACGCCAAGCAGCCUUUCAGUCCCUGGGACCUUUCAUAUCAACCUUUGCUAAUCCAUCCAGCUCAGGCCAGUAUUUUAAAGAAGAAAGCAAAAGUUCAGAAGAUAUGUCGGAAGAUAAAAAUAGGCUUGGCAAUCAAGGCGUGCCAGAGGACGUCCCUCCAGCCCUCGGUGUCCUCGGCCCCAGCGCCGGGCUGGAGUGCACACCGGCAGACAGUGGCACCAGAGCCCCGCAGGACUGUGCAUGGGAGCUGAGCCGUCCCACAGGCAGCCCUUCUCUUAGUCGUUUGUCCUUGGAGUCCUGCCCAGAAGCAGCUGGUGGUGACAAGAGUGAAAGGCCUGAUGGCUGCGAGUCUGCAUUCCAGCUGGAAGCUGACACCACUCCCCAAGACUCGGCCCUCCUGGACCAGGAACUCUACAACUCAUUCCACUUCUGGAGGACUCCUCUUCCCGAAAUAGAUCUGGACACUGAGCUGGAGCAGGACUCUGGAGCAAGCCUCGUCCUGGAGAGGCCAGAGGAGGUGCCUGAAGACCUCGCGCCGGGCUCUCCGAACAUCAGCAUGGCCACUAGGAAGGAGCUGGAGGAGAUGAUAGAAAACCUAGAGCCCCACACCGAUGACCCUGAUGUCAGAGCGCAGGUGGAGGUGCUGUCAGCCGCCCUGCGCGCCUCCGGCCUGGACACCCACACGGAGGCUGUCGGCGUGGAAAAGAGUGCCGAGCUGCAAGACGAACCGGGUAUAAAUGAGCUACCAAAUUGUAAAAUAAAUCAAGAUGAUUCUGUGCCUUUAAUCAGCGAUGCUGUUGAGAGCGUGGACCCCGUGCUUCACUACGUCCACAGCGACUCGGAUGUGAGUACCAGCAGCAGCUUCAGCCCGGAUGAGGAGAGGAGACCCAAAGUGCAGGAUGUGGUGCCUCAGGCUCUGCUGGAUCAGUACUUAUCCAUGACCGACCCCUCCCGCGCACAGACAGUGGACACGGAGAUCGCCAAGCACUGUGCAUACAGCCUGCCCGGGGUAGCCCUGACCCUCGGCAGGCAGAACUGGCACUGCCUGAGAGAGACCUAUGAGACCCUGGCCUCUGACAUGCAGUGGAAAGUGCGGAGGACCUUGGCCUUCUCCAUUCACGAGCUCGCAGUCAUCCUUGGAGACCAGCUGACAGCUGCAGAUCUGGUUCCAAUUUUUAAUGGAUUUCUAAAAGACCUCGAUGAAGUCAGGAUAGGAGUCCUUAAACACUUGCAUGAUUUUCUGAAGCUUCUUCAUAUUGACAAAAGAAGAGAAUAUCUGUAUCAACUCCAGGAGUUUUUGGUGACAGACAAUAGUAGAAACUGGCGCUUCCGGGCCGAGCUGGCUGAACAGCUAAUCUUACUUCUUGAGCUGUACAGCCCCAGGGAUGUUUACGAUUAUCUGCGCCCCAUUGCUCUGAACCUGUGUGCAGACAAGGUGUCCUCUGUCCGCUGGAUCUCCUACAAACUGGUCAGCGAGAUGGUGAAGAAGCUGCACAUGGCCUCACCGCCAACUUUUGGCACAGACCUCAUCCGGGAGCUGGUGGAGAACCUUGGCAGGUGUCCGCGCUGGUCGGGCCGCCAGGCCUUCGUCUUCGUGUGCCAGACGGUCAUCGCGGACGACUGCCUCCCCAUGGACCAGUUCGCCGUGCACCUCAUGCCGCACUUGCUCACCCUGGCUCACGACAGAGUUCCAAACGUGAGAGUGCUGCUCGCCAAGACGUUGAGGCAGACGCUCCUCGAGAAAGAGUACUUCCUCGCCUCUGCUGGCUGCCACCAGGAGGCUGUGGAGCAGACCAUCGUGGCCCUGCAGAUGGACCCCGACAGCGAUGUCAAGUAUUUUGCCAGCACCCACCCCGCCAGCACCAAAAUCUCCGAAGACGCCAUGAGCACGGCCUCGUCCACCUACUAGUGGGCCCCAGCCUCGGGCCACGUCCCGUGGGGUGAUGGCAACAGCAGGGCGGGUUUCGCCCCUCGAGGUCACAGUCAAGAGCAAGUACCCGCGCUGUCUUACCUUGCCCGGAGGGAAAAGCAUUUCUCAGCGGAUUCUCACUGUCACCAAAGCCUUAACUUCCUGUCUUCCUGACGGACACUCGAAGGGCAGAACAUUUUCCUCGUGGGUGGGACAGACCUGCACGGCCCUCUCCUGGAUGAAUGAAUUCUCGCAGCCAGAAGCGUCGCACACAGACGGACGGGAAAGACCUUCAGUAUUAGCCCUCUGCCCGGCGCAGCCUGCGGGAUGUCCGAUGGGUACAAACGAGAUUUGCGUGGAUUUCUCCCAAGGGCUUGAUGCUAACACUAAGGUAGAAUCGGAUUUUAACUCUUAAAUGCAGCAUAUUGCUGUGCACUCUGGCAGAGUAUUUGCUCAGUAUCUCUGUCCUGAUCUUUUCAUGCUGGUCAUGACCGGAAGGAACUUUCUCAGCGUGGCUGUCGGGUGUUCUGGACUGGAUCAUGGUCAGCUCUGAGAUGCGACUUCCUUCACACGCUGUGCGUCUGUGCGGCCACUCAGGAGUGCUGCAGUCCUGAAUCAUGCUGUCAGAACGGUCGUGGCACAAGUUCUCUUGUCCGAAUAAAAUUUAUUAGCAAGAUCUAUAAAGAUACACACUUGUUUUCUACUUGUCUGAA